AAACGUCAUUGCGUACUAUACGUGCUCCGCCCCCCGAAAGUGUAAGCGUUUCCGCCAAGAUGGUUGUCGGUGCUUUUCCCAUAGCCAAGCUCCUCUACCUCGGCGUGAGACAGCUGAGCAAGCCUGUAGCGAACCGGAUAAAAGCGGGGGCCCGGCGAAGCGAGUUCUUCAAGAAUUACAUCUGUCUCCCGCCGGCACAACUUUACCACUGGAUUGAGAUGAGAACAAAGAUGCGGAUCAUGGGUUUUCGCGGUUCCACCAUCAAGCCACUGAAUGAGGAAGCCGCUGCAGAGCUGGGUGCAGAGCUGCUUGGGGAGGCAGUCAUUUUCCUUGUUGGUGGUGGAUGUAUGGUGCUUGAGUACAGCAGGCAAUCCACAAAUGCCCGUCGCAAAGAGGAGGAGCUGAAUGAGAGCAUUGCAAGCCUACAGACAUCAGUAGCAGAACUAACAUUAACCACAGAGACUUUAGAUGCUCAGCUAAGAGAAAUCAAUAGACAACUGCUUUACUACUCAGUUCCUACCAAAAAGUGAUAACAUUUGUCUUUGCUACUUGGGAUGACGCAGUCUCUUGCUCUGUGUGUGGAACAAGUGCACUGACACGGUAAUUCCAUAUGUACAAUUGAUGACCUGCCUCACACCCAGUCCUGUACCCAGAGUGGGUGGACUAUACACUGUUAACUUUGGGUGUGAUCAUAAGCUCAAGGUUUGAGCCACUACUUGUAAAGGGUGAUUGCUAUGAUAUUCAUAGUGAAUGUCUAUUUUUGAUCUUGCUUGUUCAUUGUGAUAGUUUAUGUACACAGUAAGGUUUCAAUUGAAAGACAAUGGUGACUUUACAGGACAUUGGAAUGGGAUUGAUAUAGAAAGAUAAACAUUAUACUUUUUCUUUCAAUUCUCAGAUCUUUCUUUUAUUGAAAUUGUGACUGACUGUAUAAUUCCAUUCAGUGCACUUAAAGUAUUACCGAUGACAAAACCAUACACAUCAAACCACAGCAGUGGGUUUUUCCAGUGUACCUGUAACCUUUCAUAGACAUGCCAUGUUGCAUAUAUGUUAUGAAUCCCUGUUUUGAUUCAUAUACAUUUCAGAUGUGAUGCUAAGUGUAAAAAGGUAAAUAAAUGCUGGCUUGACUGCU